CUUCAAGAUAACUAGAUAGCCACGGCCAAUAAGCCGUUCAAGUGGCCUCAGGACUACCAUGAUGACCUUGACAGCAACGCUUAUUAUGGCGCAAGCAGAGACUUAUCUUGGAUGGAGAAAUAUGGCAAGCCCAUUGACCAACCAUUUUCGGGACCUCUGUCGUUCUCGCGCUUGCCCUACACGCACUGUCUAGAAGAUGAGGAUGCGACUUUUGAUAUUGCAAUUCUCGGGAUGCCUUUUGACACGGGAGUAUCCUACAGACCAGGGGCGCGAUUUGGACCUUACUCUAUCAGAUCUGGGAGUCGACGCCAGCGAGAGGCUCGUGGAUACACCAUGGCCUGGGGAAACAAUCCUUAUAAUCACGGUAUCAAGAUUGUGGAUUGUGGAGAUGUUCCUGUUAGUCCAUUCGACAACGCCCUAGCUGUAGAUCAAAUGGAGGUCGCAUACUCGACCCUCCUGAAGCGACCGGCGCUCAGCUCGACUGAACUGCAUCCUCGUCCCCCCCGCAUAGUCAGCUUGGGAGGAGAUCAUACCAUCGUCCUCCCCAUUCUUCGGGCUCUGCACAAAGUUCAUGGACCAGUUUCUGUAAUUCAUUUCGAUGCUCAUUUGGACACCUGGCCGAGUUAUGCUGGACAGACAUCCGAACAAUCGCGCGUAACUCAUGGGACAUUCUUCUAUCUUGCCCAAGAGGAGGGAUUGAUGGGAAAUAACAGCAUCCAUGCUGGUAUUCGCUGCAAGUUGGGCGGCGUGGAAGAUUUAGAGAACGAUGAGGAAAUAGGGUUCCGGGUCAUAUCUACUGAUGAUAUAGACGAUAUCGGUGUUUCUGAAAUCAUCAAGCGUAUUCGAAGUCGGAUCGGAGAUAGUCCAGUAUAUCUAAGCUUGGAUAUCGAUGUGAUAGACCCUGGUCUCGCCCCCGCAACUGGAACACCCGAGGCGGGAGGAUGGACGACGCGUGAAGUAAAGCGCAUUCUCCGAGGGCUUGCCGGCUUAAAUUUUGUCGGUGCUGACAUUGUCGAAGUAUCUCCUUCAUAUGAUCACGCCGAUAUCACUGGUAUUGCUGCCGCGGAUCUCGUCCACGACUUCCUAUCGAUGCUGAUAUCCACCAGCCCUCCCAAAUCUGCCCACAGCAGCCGGCACAGAGACGAGCUGUGACAAAUGAGUAGGUCCUGUACAUUCAUGUUACAGAUCGUCACAGCGGGGGUAUGUACGCAUAUUAUGUAGAUA